AUGACUGACCAAGACUAUGAGACCUUUAACCUGGGAGACUGGGAACUUCAGAGCGGGGAGAAGAUACUUGAUGCUCAUCUUGCGUACAAGACAUUUGGAGACCCAAGCUACCCCGCAAUCGUGUACCCCACAUGGUUUUCUGGCAUGAUAUCCGACAACUUCUGGCUUAUAGGGGAGGACAAAGUCCUGAAUCCGAAGAAGUACUUCAUCAUCAUACCUGCGCUCUUCGGAAACGGACAGUCCUCGUCUCCAACCAACCAGCCGAAUGUUCGGCCAUUCCCGAAAUGCUCAUUUUAUGACAAUGUUCGCGCUCAGCACAAGCUUGUCACAGAGCACUUGGGAAUCCAGCAUCUACGUGCAGUGAUCGGCUGGUCAAUGGGAGGAGCACAGACCUAUCAAUGGGCGACUCAGUAUCCUGAGUUCAUGGACGUCGCUAUUCCUUUCUGCGGCUCCGCAAAAACAUCGCUGCAUAACCAGGUGUUUUUGGAAGGCGUCAAGAGCGCCUUGCUUGCAGUGAAGCGCAUCCCAUCGGCGGGUUCGGGAAAGAUUGGCCUUCUAAAGGCCGAUCAGACUCUGGGGACAUGGAGCGCCGAGGACAGAGAGAUCGGUUUGAAAGCAUUUGCUAGAGUGUAUGCUGGCUGGGGUUUCAGCCAGGCCUUCUACCGGGAGAAGUCGUACGAGACAGCACUUGGUUACAAGGACCUGGAGGACUUUUUGCAAAACUUCUGGGAGAAGUGGGCUUUGUCCAAAGACCCGGAUAAUCUGUUGGUGAUGCUUCAGACCUGGCAGAAUGGAGACGUGUCCCAGCAGGAACCAUACAACGGUAAUUUUGAGAAGGCUAUAGCCUCAAUCAAGGCUAAGACCCUGGUGAUGCCAGGAAAAACUGAUCUAUAUUUCCCUCCCGACGACUCCGAAUAUGAAGUCUCCUGCAUGGAAUCUGGCAUUGGAACUCUUCGCGUCAUUCCUUCUAUCUGGGGUCACUGGGCUGGUGGUCCUGGAGACAGCAAAGAUGAUGUAAAGUGGCUGAACGAGCAGCUGGCGGACGUUCUGUAG